AUGAGCGCCUCGACAUUAAUCCAACUGGGCGUCUGCGCCGCGACCAUGGUUGCCGAGCCUGUUCUCGGCUCCAUCGACACCUUCUGGGUCGCCGCCCUCGGCACCACCGAGCUCUCCGCGCUCGGGCCCAACACCACCCUCUACGGCUGCGUCAUCGCAGUGAUCGUCGCGUACGGCUUCGGCACGGCCGCGACGCGCAAGAUCGCCGUCGCCCUCGAGCUGGACGAGGCACACAGACGCUCGGGUACCCUUAAACCCGGUGAGAAGACCACAGCGGGCGGCACGCUCAUCGCCGUCAUGGGAACCACCGUCGCCUUCGGCUUGGCGUGCGGUUUGCUGGUCGCAGCCUUUCCCACCUUGAUCGUCAACCUGAUUGGAGCCCCGGAGAGCGUGGUGGCGCCCGCGGCUAAUUACAUGCAACUGCGCGCGAUCGGCGUGCCCGCAGUGGGCAUGGUCGUCGCACUUGGCGGCGGUUUUCAGGCGGCGAGGGAUGCAAAAACGCCGUUCAUCGCGGUCAUGCUCUCGGGCAUCGUCAACCUGAUUUUAGACCCUCUGCUCAUGUUCACAUUUGGCCUGGGCAUGAAGGGCGCGGCGCUGGCGACCGUCACCGCGCAGUACGCGAGUGCGAUUCUCAUGUCGUAUCAGGCGUUCUUUGGGAAGAAGCGAGCCAUGUUUUUCGGUUCCGAGACCGAGUCCGUGACGGCGAACGAACUCGACAUUCAGGAAGAGCCGAAGGAGCCGGUUCAGUUUGUGGAACCCAUGGCGUACAACUUCAACAAGAAGGUGGCGAUGGAGUACACGAAGGAGACCGGGUCAUACAUGGGCAGGGUCGCGAACGUCGUGGUCGUUUGGGCCCUAACGGGUUCCCUCGCCGCGAGGCUCGGGGUGUUCGAGGGCGCGGCGCACGUCUUGCUCUUCCAGCUGCUCAGCAUCCUGUCCAUCUCGGCGGGUGCGCUCACCACCGUCUGCAACGCUCUCUGCGCCAGGCUCUUCGUAUCCGUCGGCGACGAGGCUGCGUCGGCGGCGGGCAAGGCGCUCACCAUCCUCGGAGGGGUUAUUUUCUCCUCCAUCUCCGCCCUCUUCUGGGUGUUCAGGAAGGAGCUCCUCUUCGCGUACACCCCAGAUCCCAUGGUGGUCAACACCGCCCUGGCUCCUUAUUUUCUCCUGAUUGCAUCCGUGGCGACGUACUGGUACAAGACCCUCGAGGGUGGCCUGAUCGGGCGAGGAGAUGCAAACGCGGUGAACUUCAUCUUCUACGUCGGGGGCGCGGCGGCGCUCGUGGGGCUCUGGGUGGCGAAUCAGAGCGCCACGGGCAUCACGCUGAUGGGAAUCUGGUGGUCCAUCGUUUGGUAUUACUCUGCGCUCACAGUGGGUUGUACGUUCCGGUGGUGGCAGUUGAGCAGACUGCGAAAGAGCAUGCCCCCGACCGUGGCGUAAUGGGGGAUUCCGGGAAAGGACGGCGGUAGUCAACGCGCUCGGACUUCACGAGCGGUUGACUUGCACGACUUGCCCAAAAACUAUUUUUUUUUUCCUUUCGGGGGCUUCGGCUUCUGGGUUCCCGGGGGCGCACUGCUUGAUGGGGCGCCGCACGACGUGAUGAAGAUUUAACAGUUAAAACCCUUACUACGAUGACGUGAAAGCACGUGUUGAUAUAAAAGAUUGAUAGUCUAUGUUGAAAGAAUUCGUGAAUGGUUGGUUAUUCCUGUUCGUUAUCUGCUGAGCUCAACGUUUCCUCUUCUUGUCCUUCGAGUUGGACGGGGGAGGAGGCUUGGCAGGAGGAGCUGUGGUGGCGGGAGCCUUGGCAACCCCCGCCUUAACGAUGUCGAUGUCGCCUCCGUUCUGCUUGAGCUUGAGACACUUCGAGUGCGCCUUCUCGGUACCGCAUCCACCCUUCUUGGCGCGGGCGCACACCUCGCACCUGACGGGCUGCCCGGGAGCCCGGGGCUUGGGCGGGGGCUUGGGCUUCUUUGCCUCCUCCUCAGCCUUUGCCUUUGCCUCGGCCUCGGCGCGCGCCUGCUCCUCGGCCUCCUUUGCCUUUCGCUCAGCCUCAGCCUUAGCCUUGGCCUCAGCCUCCCUCUUCUGCUUGGCGAGCUUGGGGUUCCUCCUCAUCUCCCGCUCCUCCGCUUCGCGCCUUUUCUUCUCCUCCCUGUCCCGAAUCUCCUUCUCGAUGACGCAGUCGUUGCAGCGCACGUACUCGAACGACUUCGGCAGGUAGAACCCGAGAGCUUCCCAUUCAGGGUUGCCCUCGACGGCGUCGAAAGGGGUUUCGCCGUUGCACUCGGCGCAGAACGCGGUUGGGCAGUCCACGCAUCGGAACAGCAAACCGCCGGCCUCGCUCGCCGUGCGGUUGCAGCUCUUGCAGUGGUGCUGGGGGCACUGCCAACCCAUCCUGGGGCGGGUCACGAGCCUGGCGCAGCCGAGAGACAUGGUCCUCGGGCAGUUGCGGCAUCGGAGACGCUCGGCUGCGACAUCCGGGGCGAGAAACGCGGGAGGGGGCUUGUUGCACCCGCCCUCCUCGUCGCCCUUGCACUCGCAGCAAACAGUCUCGUGUCGCGACGCCUUGUCAGCCGCUCGGAGUCGAGCAGACUCGCGAGCCGCAGCCGCUCGGCGUUCGCGGUCCUCAGCCUCGCGCGCCUCCUGAAGCGACGCCCUGGACACGGCCUGCAUGCCGAGGCCGAAUCCGGCGUCGACCAUUUCGACGGUGGACACGCGGUUGCGGCGCGUGUCUCCGAGCUGCUCCACCCAGAGAUCGGCGAUGUCCUUCUUGUUACUCUUGGCGGCACUGGACGUGUAGUCCAUGCCCUCCCACUGGUAGUGCCCCUUCUUGCCGGUGCUCUGCGCCGCCCUAGCGAGCGCCGCGGCACCCUCCGCCUGCGCAUCUUCUGUGGACUUGGCGGGUGUCUUGGCUGGGGUCUUGGAAGAGCGGGUCGUCUUCCUCUCAGGGGGACCGGGGAGGUCAGCCGCGUUGGCUCCAGACAUGAUGAUCUCGCGAAGCUCUGCGAAGGAAAGCUUCGCGGCUGCGGCGGGAUCCUCUCCCGCAGCAGCGGCGGCGGCAUCGAGAGCCUCGACGUCGGCACCAGCCUCGAGGCCCGCGAGCACCGCCGCGGCGAGUCCAGCCUUGCGAGCAG